AGGUAGGCACGGCCGAGUAUCGCAUAUACCGUUCCUCCUCGUAGGCAUUCCAAGCGGGAAUUCUCGAAAGCCAGUUGUGCUGUAGAAACCGUGGUGCGGCUUGGUGCCCGCUCGCCGGUACUUUCGACCCGGUCGUAAAGCCGACCGACGUUUCGCUCCGGUCCCGGCCGCUUUCAGUAACACGGAAUUUCGCCACGAAAACGGACACGAUCGUUUUGCCUAUCGGUUGGACUAUCGGAGUCGCAAGCCCGGCCCGGAGGCCCCACACCCGAGGCGAACCCGUGCAUAAAAUUCUGAACUCCAACGCGCCAAUCAUCGGUCACAAUGGAUGUCGAAACCGGGGCCAUUUUGGCCCUGCAGAUAUUGGCACUGUGCUCGAUAGUCGCAGCCCUGCUGGCUUACCUGAUGCGACAGUCCAGGAAUGCCGCCGACGAGUACGAGUCGCGUAACAAACGUCACGUACUCGUUACCAGCUGUGAUACAUGCGUAGGCCUGCAGAUCGCCCUUGCACUUUACGAAGCCGGCUACAAGGUGUUCGCGGGUCUGCUGGACCCAACGGGCGGCUCGCCGUCGGUCAAAAUCUUGAAGGCGAUCGAGCUCGAGCGGCAGAAAGAGGACGAGCCCGACGGUGCGAGCGACGGUGGUCCGCAGCAACCGGAAGCCGCACGUGCCCGCGGUCAAAUCGUGCCAUUGGAGCUGGACCCGACGAGGGAGGACAGCCUGCGCGCUUGUUUGGACGCCGUCAGGGCGAAACUUCCGGCCGGCGAGGAUGGUCUCUGGGCGGUCGUGCACACGGGCGGCUUGGUUUUACCAGGUGUCAUAGAAAAACAGACCAGCUCGAUGUGGGAGUCCAUGCUGCGUCACAACUUGGUUGCUCCGCUCAGGACAGCCAGGGUAUUCAUCCCUCUUUUGCGCAUCAAGAGAGGCCGCAUCGUUCUUUUGGGCGACUCCGAGACGAGCUACGGCGGCAAGGCGGGCGCCGGGCUGGUGGCGUUCAGCGCGUCCCGCAGAGCCGUGGAGGGUGCCGCGGAGGCGUUAAAAAGCGAAUUACAUUCAUCGGGCGUCGACGUCGUGCUUCUCAAACCGCCGCCCGUGAAUCCCCUCGUUCUUUAUGCAUCGCCCGUUCUCAAGACGGCCGACGUGGAGUCUGGCGUAACAGUCACGGAAGGGACGUGGACCGCUCCGCUAUCGAUUCAUUCCGUACAGAGCGCUCUGAUUCCUGCGAUUACGACGUCGUGUCCUCUAAGCGUUUACGAUAUGUCCGUCAAGCCGAGGCUCUUCUGUCGAUAAUCUCCACGUCCACGUUCGUGUAAACCGGACCGAAAGAUCGCGCGAGACGUAAUAAUAACGUGGGGACUCCUCGAGUCGAUGCGAUACGCGGGAACAAUGGGAACGUCGAAUAUAUAAUGGUACAUCCGCGCAUGUGUUCCGCGCGGCCGCCGCCGCCGUGCCGGUGUCAUUUGCGCUGACGUGUCAUCCCGCGUGCCCUAAAACGUCACAUGCGGCGGAUUUCUUUCUCGGUUUAGCAGGCAGGCGACACUUCCCGCGUGUGAAUGAUGUCAUUUUUUUUUCAUGCGUCCGUCCCGGUGCGGUAUCAAUUAUGAAUUCUCUUGCUUUUGUUCCCACGUCCAUUUUUGUAUCGCGCUCGCUGUCAGGCCCCGAGCAUCGAUUCGAGAUGUUUAAUAAAACAGCCAGUAAUUUUCAUCGCCACUAAAUAAAUUCGUGAUAACUUAACUCUUAAUAAACGCGCGUUUUUCAUCCCUCCCUCCGUCGAGAGAAAAAUCAUUUGAACGCCGUUUACAUUAUAAAAAUAAGAUGGUUCCCAAAGUAACUAUCACACAAUCUAUAUAUUUGAAAAUUGCACAUUGAAAGCCCGGUGGAUUUUUCUUCGAUUGCGAUGUUUAAAUAUUUGGUUGUGUUGCGACUUCGCGAAAUGUAUACUUCAAGAGGUUGAAACGGAAAAUGUGUUUUACUUGAAAGGUUCCGGUGGACGUGUGCGUAAAGUUAAAGGAGGUUUCUACAUUUGCGCGUGUGUAAAUAUUAAAUCUAUAAUAUAUAUAAAAUGCCUGAGUAACUUUCGUAGAUUUGAAAUUGCACAACGAAUGUAUUUUAAUUACGAGUAUUUUAAUUUUCAUAAUUUUUUAAAAAGCAAGUGUACGAUAAAUAAUCUUUUUCCCUACAAUUAUUUUUUCAAACGGAGUUGUCAAUAAGAGUUUGCUUUUAAAUGAACUUUUAAUAACAUUAAUAUAUUUUAUUUCUCUUAUCCGCCUUUACAUCACAGUUGAAGUGAUAUAAAAAUAAUGUGCGUAAUAUUUCUUCGUGUCUUCAAAUCCACAACAGUUAUUCAGCCGUUCCCGCUGGUAGACCAUAUAUUCUAUAUAAUUAUAUACGUCAACCCUUCAUAAAAGCUAUCUGUAUUUAUAAAGCAUGAUUAGAAUGUGAAGCAUCUGCCAAUAAAUCUAUUUUUAGAUAGAAACAAUAGAUUUUUCUUAAUAAAAAUAUCGUAACGUAUACAUGGUGUAGUUGUAUUGUAAGUUAAAAUAGAAAGUGCAAUAUAUCCUCUGCGAUGUAACAUCGAUAAUAAGUUUUGUAUGUACUGUUUGUCAAAAUAUGUAUAAAAUAAUAUAUGGAAAGAAGAAAA